AUGUCGAUCCAAGUAGAUACACCCAAUUUCAGGGCUAUCAUAACCGAUGAGUUAAAACGAGUCAUCCAACUUUUCCAAGAAAAUAAUUAUCAAAUCAGAUUAGUAGGAGGAGUUGUUAGGGAUGUGCUCUUGGAUAAGGUUGCCAAAGAUAUCGACUUAGCAACCGAUGCAACUCCUGAUCAAAUGAUUGAAAUCUUGAAAAAAAAUGAAAUCAAAUAUGUGGAAACAGGAUUACAACAUGGAACCAUCACGGUUAUUAUUAAUAAAGCUAUUUUUGAAAUUACUACUUUAAGGAUAGACGCAAUAACAGAUGGGCGUCAUGCACAAGUACAAUUUACUAAUGAUUGGAGAAUUGAUGCUGAAAGAAGGGAUUUAACUAUCAAUGCCAUGUCUCUAUCCAUUGAUGGCACUUUAUUUGAUUACUUUAAUGGACGAGAAGAUCUUAUCAAUAGGCGAAUAAUUUUUGUAGGUAAUACCAGGAAAAGGAUACAAGAAGAUUAUCUUCGCAUUUUACGUUAUUUUCGUUUCUAUGGUCGAAUAGCUGCUAAUGCCGACAGUCAUGAUCCUGAUAUUCUGCAAGAAAUUCGUCAUACAGCUGCUGGACUCGAGAAAAUCGCUUCGGAGCGGAUUUGGAUGGAGAUGUCGAAAAUAUUAGUCGGAAAUUUUGCCCCCGAUCUCCUACGUCUCAUGUAUGAUCUCGGUGUCGCUUCACAUAUCAAUUUACCAAAAGACGGUAAUGUUGAAGAAUUUCAAGCGAUAUGGGAUCGAAUGCGAAAUUAUAAGCCCCAACCUGCUGUCUUACUCGCAAGCUUGGUGAAUUCUGUAUCAAGCGCUGAAGCGCUAGCUAGGACGUGGAAGUUAUCGAACGUGGAACGAUUUUUGAUGAAGUUUAUAACUGGCAAGAGACAAAAUCACUAUACGAUACUUAAGCAAUAUCAAGACUUACUAUUUGACAAAGAAACCAUGUCCAGAGAUCAUAUCAUUCAACUAAUGUAUUACAAUGGUCAUUCACAAUUAGUGGAUGAUAUUAAUAAUUGGGUAAUUCCCAAAUUUCCUAUAGGUGGUAAUGACUUAAAAUCUUUAGGUCAUAAGCCUGGACCUCAAUUUAAAAGAACCCUGGAUAUGCUGAAAAAGCAUUGGAUGGAUACCAAUUAUAAGACUACCAAAGAAGAGCUACUUAUGUUGAUCCAGUCUAACAAAUGA